GGCGAGGCGGUCCCGGUCCCGGUCCCGGUCCCGGUCCCCGUCCCGGUCCCGGUCCCGGUCCCGGUCCCCGUCCCGCCGCUAUGCGGAAGUUCUUCCAGGAGAUCAAGGCCGACCUGAAGUUCAAGACCGCAGGGCCCGGACAGAAGCUGUCGGAGCCGGCCCGGGCCCCCAAGGAGAAGCCGAGAGCCGAGGUGGCCCCGAAGCCUCGUCAGGGACCCACGGAUGAAGCGCAGAUGGCGGCGGCGGCGGCGUUGGCCCGGCUGGAGCUGAGGCCCAAGACCAAGGCGCCCUCCUCCCAGGAGGCCAUCAGGAGCCAGGUGAGAAAAGCGCUGAUGGCCGAGGCAGCUGCCAGCGAGAAAGGGGUCUCCGCAGAGGAGAAGGACCUCGCCUCCCCAGCCAGGGAAGGGGCAUCUGCCCCCUCUGUUUCAGGGGUUUAUUUUAUUUGCCCGUUGACCGGUGCAGUUGUAAAGAAAGACAAGAAGGAAAAGCACCUCAGAGAAGCCAUCCAGUCGUAUUUCUCCGUAGACCCGGUGGCUGCCUCGAUCAUGGAGAUUCACACCUUCAAUAAGGACCGGGAGAAAGUACGAGUGGGUGUGGAGACCAUGGCCAGGUACUUGGAUAAUAUCUGUCUCCACCCAGAGGAGGAGAAGUACCGAAAAAUCAAGCUGCAGAACAAAGUGUUUCAGGAAAGGAUAAGCUGUCUGGAAGGGAUACACAGAUUUUUCCAGGCUGUCGGGUUUGAGACAAAAACACUGCCUGUUCCAGGACAAGAGACCACAGAGGAGUACUAUGUACUGAAGGAAGAAAUGCUGACCAAGCUGGAAGACCUCAAGGAUUACAAAGAGCAGCUUUUAAGCUCUGAGCCUGUGAGAGCACAGCUGGAUCGCCAGCUCUGUGUAUUUAAACCAUCACCUGAAGCUGCUCGGUUUGAGCUACCAAAUGACUUUUACAACCUCACUGCAGAAGAGAUCAAACGAGAGCAGCGACUCCGGACAGAAGCGGUGGAGAAGGCUUCGAUGCUGAGGACGAGAGCCAUGCGAGAGAAAGAAGAGCAAAGGGAAAUGCGGAAGUACAACUACACCCUGGUACGAGUCCGGUUUCCCGAUGGAUACAUCCUCCAAGGGACUUUUUAUGCACGAGAGUCACUAUCUGCGCUCUACAACUUUGUGAGAGAAGCACUCAGAGAUGACUGGCUGCCCUUUGAGCUCUUGGGACCUGGAGGCCUCAAACUGACUGAUGAGAACUUGGCAUUCAAUGAAUGUGGGCUGGUGCCCUCAGCCCUCCUGACUCUCGCCUGGGACGCGGCAGUCAUGGCAGACAUCGAAGCGUCAGGAGAGGAGCAGCCAGCAAACUCCCUGAAACCAGAAAUUCUCUCCAGAGUCCAGACACUGUCAUGAAAUAAAGGGCAGUGGGUUCAGUGCUGGUGGUUUUAGACUGUUCCCUCAUUUUCCCAUACAGACUGUUGGGGCUUCCACCUACGUGACCUCAGACCUGACUUUGUUUUAGCACUGCAGUGGGAGUCUAGAUUCUGCCACGUGACACCAACCUCGUGGUCACCUCCACAACUCCAGCAGCCAGACACUAAAGCAGUCUUCCCUGGUAAGACAGUUGCAGGACAGCUCUGCAUAGCUUUAAAAACCAAGUUUGAGCAGUGACUGCUUGAAGUGUUUCAAAGAUGGUGAUGAAGCACCACUCUCCUCCCCUGGAGGAGGGACAGUGGGUGCUAGUACAAGGCUGGAUUAGCAAUUGAUUGAGCUGGGAUAUUGGGCUGGGCUUAAACUCAGCUUUUCCUUCUGCUUUUGUGUGCACUGUAACUCCUAUUGGAGAGAAUAUAUUUAGAUAAAAUUAUGCUUAGUCUGAUUAAAUGGAGUAUUUAAAGACUUA